GGAUAAGAGCGUCUGUCAAAUGCCUAUAAUGUAAUGGCAGAAAUAUGCCACUCGUUAACAGUCUAGCUACAUUAUUAGAUGAUCUGCAAAGUUCUAUGACGCUCUAGGAGGAAGCAGGGAACGACAGGACAUGUGAUAGCUCUAUGCUGUGGGCGUGCGUCGCAGAAAAGGAGGCUGCUCUUUCCGGGCUUUCAUACGUUUCACACACAUCUCUGUUUGAUUGGAACUUUUCCAACACAAUAGGAAACCAGCAAUGGGGUCACUGACUGCUGCAAACACCAACUUCUCCCUAGAUUUGUUUAAGAAGAUAAGUCAGAGUAAGAACAUCUUCUACUCUCCACUCAGCAUCUCCUCAGCUCUGGCCAUGGUGUACAUGGGCGCCCGGGGGAACACAGCGACACAGAUAGCUGAGACUCUCCACUUUCACAAAGCUGAUGAUGACAUUCAUGCUGGAUUCAGCAAACUGAUGUCUGAACUCAACAAAGAGGCUGCCCCGUAUGCACUGAGCCUGGCAAAUCGCCUGUAUGGGGAGCAGUCUUACGAGUUUGUGGAGAAAUACAUUCAGGACACAAAGAAGUUCUAUCAGGCAGAGCUGGAGACUGUUGACUUCAAAUCAAAAGCAGAGGUUGAAAGGGUGAAGAUUAACAGCUGGGUGGAGAAGCAGACUCAAGAGAAAAUCAAGAACUUGCUGUUGGAAGGGACUGUUGACAAUAUGACCAGACUGGUGUUGGUGAAUGCUAUCUAUUUUAAGGGUGACUGGGACAAGAAAUUCAAAGAGGCUGACACAAAGGAAGUGCAAUUCAAAUUGAAUAAGAAUGAAAGUAAGCCAGUGCAGAUGAUGCACCAGAAGGCCAACUUUGGUUUGACGUUCAUUCCGGAAGUCAGUUGUCAGAUUCUGGAGAUGCCUUACAUUGGUAAAGAGCUGAGCAUGCUCAUUAUUCUGCCCAGAGAGAUUGAGGAUGACUCCACAGGGCUUGAGAGGUUGGAAAGGGAGCUCACGUAUGAGAAGGUCAUUGAGUGGACAGAUCCUGACAUGAUAGAUAAUACUCAGGUAAUAGUGGCUCUGCCCAAGUUCAAGAUGGAAGAGAGCUAUGAUCUGAAAGAUAUUCUGGUCAGUAUGGGCAUGAAGGAUGCCUUCGAUGUGUCCAAAAGCGACUUCUCUGGCAUGUCUCCCAGCAAUGACCUGGUGGUGUCCAAAGUGGUGCACAAGGCCUUUGUGGAGGUUAACGAGGAGGGCACAGAGGCUGCUGCUGCCACUGCCGCUGUCAUGAUGUUACGAUGUGCCAGGCCACCCCCAGAUCGGUUCACCGCAGACCAUCCCUUCCUGUUCUUCAUCAGACACAACCCCACUCAGAGCAUCCUCUUCUAUGGCCGUUUCUGCUCCCCUUGAAGUCUUAAACUCUGCAGUUUCUACUUGAACUGUAGUCUAAACUGGGGUCUAAAGAAAGUCUGUACGUUAAAUUUCUCUGCACUGCUAUUUGCCUUAAAUGAAUGUAAUCAAACAAAUCAUGUUUCUUGCAGUAUAUUGUAUUGAUUUCAUUCAAUGGUAUCCUCUUUGAGGUUUAUGAGUGGUUAAAUACCAAAGAUUAUUUCAUGUGUGUUUAUUGUAUUUCACUCACAAUGGAACUAAAAACAAUGUGUGAUUAGCAAUUUCACAUUUGUGAAAAUAAAAGUGUGCAAAACUA